AGAAAUAAAGAUUUAAAGACACAGACCUUGAGGAGAACUAAAGUGUCCUGAGAUGUAAAGCUUGUUGUAAUGAAUGAGUGCAGCUCUCUCAGCAUGUUGUUGUGUUUGUGUGAAGGUGUGGGCUCUGCUAUGAAUCAGUGUGAGGACAGAGAGGAGGGAGUCCCUCCCUCUAAAAGCACUCUGUGUGGGGAACAUGACAGCCAGACCAAAGCUCAGAGCCCAGAGCAGCAGCAGGGACCAGACUCUGCUGGACCUGGACCUGGACCUGGACCUGGACCCAGCUGUGUGUCCAUGAAGAGUGACCAGUCUAUGGAGCCUCCUCUUGCUUUUAAAGGACAAAGGAGGAUCCAUCAGCAGAGACCAGAUUCUCCUGGAUCCAGCUGUGUGUCCAUGAAGAGUGACUGGUCUAUGGAGCCUCCUCUUGCUUUCAAAGGACAAUACAGAGUUGAUCAGCAGAGCUCAGAGGUUCCCAGUGGUCAGUCUGCCCAGCAGCAUCAAACAGACCUGGACUCCAUAUUUAUGCUGCUCCAGGAAAACAUUGGCAGGUUUGUGAAGAACGAGGUGAAGAAGUUCCAGAGAGUUCUGAGUCCAGAUUACCCAGAAUGCUUAGGGAGUCAGAGGGAGGAUGAGGAGGUGUUGGACGGUGAGGAGGAGGAGCAGAGGAGGAGCAGCAGAGAGGCAUUUCUGAAGAUCACACUGCACUUCCUGAGGAGAAUGAAGCAGGAGGAGCUGGCUGAGCGUCUGCAGAGCAGUAAGAGGAUUUGAACAGAUUUAACAUGAUGGAAAGAGGAAAUGGAGGCAACAUGGGAGAAGUUUCCAUUUCAAACUCUGCUGUUAAUAUGAUGCACACAUUUGGAUCAGAUCUAUGAAUUCUUCUGGGCUGAAACUCAGAAACUGUUCACAGCUGAUGAGCUGAAGAGAUUUCAUGGAGGAGGAAAAUAAAUACCAUCUUGAUGUCUUAAAGU